AUGGUCAAACGAAGCAAGCUCAUGCAGGCGCUCGACGCCCACAAGGGCCGAGACUACGAAGCUGAGAAACAGAAGAAGCAGGUCAAGGCUGCGGAAAAGCGCAAAGGCGUGAAGAUGGCCCCAGUCGCCGAAAAGGUCGUCAAGGUGGCCGAGGAAGAGGAGGAAGUCGCCAGCUCCGAACCUGGGGAAGUCGAGGAGGAGCAGGAGGAAGAUGAGGCCGAGGAGGUGGCUGAUGAGGAGGAUGAGGAGGAGGACGAGGAGGAAGACGAAGAAGAUAUCCCGCUUUCAGACCUCGAAGAAGACGAGCGCGAGGACGUCGUCCCCCACCAGCGUCUUACCAUCAACAACUCCGCCGCCAUUACCUCCUCUCUCAAGCGCAUUUCCUUCAUCACCUCUCAGACCCCAUUCUCCGAGCACAACUCCUUAGUCUCGAAAGAGCCUUUCGAAGUUGAGGACCCCAAUGAUGACUUGAACCGCGAAUUGGCCUUCUACAAGGUCUGCCAGGCUGCCGCUAUCACGGCUCGCGGUCUGCUCAAGAAGGAGGGUAUCUCCUUCAGCCGGCCCGGUGAUUACUUUGCGGAGAUGGUCAAGAACGACGAGCACAUGAACUUGAUCAAGAAGAAGCUGUACGAGGAGGCUGCUGGCAAGAAGGCUGCCGCUGAGGCGCGCCGCCAGCGUGAUCUGAAGAAGUUCGGCAAGCAGGUGCAGGUCGCCAAGCUGCAGCAGAGAGCCAAGGAAAAGCGUGAGACGCUCGAUAAGAUCACUGCUUUGAAGAAGAAACGCAAGGCUGACACUUCCGCCCCCACCGACGAUGCCAAUGACCUCUUCGACGUCGCUAUUGAGGACACUGACAAGCCCGAUAGCCGCAAGCGCGGCCGUGACGGCGAAGGCCGCAACUCGAAGCGUCAAAAGAAGGAUUCGAAGUUCGGCUUCGGCGGCAAGAAGCGCUUCUCGAAGAGUGGCGACGCCGCGUCCAGUGGUGACAUGCGCAGCUUCUCCCAGAAGAAGAUGAAGGCUGGCGGCGCCAAGCGUCCCGGCAAGAGCAAGCGUGCUGCUAAGGGACGUCUUUAG